GAAACGCUGUAAACAGGUAGGUGAAUUUACGACGCAAGCUUAACCGAGCAAGUCACGCUGUCUCUCUAGCAGCCAUCAGGUGGUUUUUCUUGUUUAUUAAGUCAACUUUUUUCGUGUUUUCUGAACGUAUUUUUCAAGGAGGAAGUAACUCGGCGACCUCUCCUGGGUUUACCGCCACAAGCGCGCCGGCUAAAGCACUGUGAAAGUGGAGCGGAAAGGAAAAUAAUACCGUAGAAAUUGUUUGUUAAAAUAGCAUUCAGCUCCUAGGUUAUGCUUUUACUCAGAGAUUAUAUUAGGUGUGAGACACUGGAGCUGUACAGAGACUGUCUCUCUCUCUGGGACAUGAGUAACUGAUGUGUUUGGACCGCAGAGUGAGGAUGAGCGCGCGGGGAGUGCAGGUGCUCGCGCUGUGCCUGGUGCUGCAAUGGCUAUGGCUGCUUUCACCUGCACGCGCACAGUCUUCGGAAAACAAACAAGUCAUGUGUUCAGGCACUCAAAACAUGUUGAGUGUGACAGGAAAUUCAGACUUGCAGUACCAGCGGAUGAAGGAGAUGUACAUCGGCUGCCAGAUCGUCAUGGGCAACCUUGAGAUCACUCACAUGGAACACAACCGUGAUUUCUCCUUUCUGAAGUCUAUUCGUGAGGUUACAGGUUACGUUCUAAUAGCUAUAAACCAGUUCAGAUACCUACCUUUGGAGCAGUUACGUGUAAUCAGAGGAACAUCACUGUAUGAAGGACACUUCGCUCUCGCCGUCUUAAUUAACUACCAGAAGGAUGGAGAGUAUGGGAUACAAGAGUUGGGCCUUACACAUUUGACAGAAAUUUUGGAAGGGGGUGUACAGAUCAUUAAGAAUGAGUUCCUGAGCUACGCACCACAGAUCAACUGGCUGGACAUCGUAAAGGACAGUGGAGCGAAGGUCAUCAUUGAGGACAACGGCCCAGAACUUCCAUGUCAUGAAUCUUGUGACGGACAUUGCUGGGGACCAAGCAGAGAUAGCUGUCAGACUUUGACUAAACUGGUAUGUGCCCCUCAAUGUAAUGGACGCUGUUUCGGCCGAAGCCCCAGUGAAUGUUGCCAUAUCGAGUGUGCAGGAGGCUGCACGGGGUCACAGGAUACUGACUGCUUUGCCUGCAGGAAUUUCAAUGACAGUGGCUCCUGCGUGCCUCAGUGUCCUCAGGGCGUAAUAUACAAUAAAGUGACAUUUAAACUGGAGCCGAACCCAAAUGAGAAAUAUCAGUAUGGUUCUGUCUGUAUAGCCCAGUGUCCCCCUAACUUUGUGGUAGACGGAAGUUCAUGUGUUAGCAGCUGCCCUCCAGAUAAAAUGGAGGUGGACAAGAAAGGAGUAAAAAGGUGUGAACCAUGUGGUGGCCUUUGUCCAAAAGUGUGUGAAGGUACUGGCUCAGGUGCCAGGCAGACAGUGGACUCUAAGAACAUUGACAGUUUCAUAAACUGUACUAAAAUUCAAGGCAGCCUCCAUUUCCUUGUUACAGGCAUUAAUGGUGAUUCAUAUAACAACAUCUCAGCUCUUGACCCCAAGAAGCUCAAAAUCUUCAACACUGUUAGAGAAAUCACAGAUUUUCUGAGUAUUCAGUCAUGGCCUAAAGAGAUGGAGGAUCUGUCAGUGUUCUCCAAUCUGACAACGAUACAAGGACGAAAUCUCUACAAAGGAGUGAGGACUAAGAGUAGGGGCUACGCUCUGCUGGUGAUGAGAAUUCCUACACUGAAAUCAUUGGGUCUGCACUCUUUGAAGAGGAUCAAUGAUGGUGGCAUCUGUAUCGCACAGAACCAAAAGCUGUGCUAUCACCACACUGUCAACUGGACGCGCCUGUUUGGCCCACGUGCCCAGCGCCAGCAGAAAGCUCUUGACAUCAGAGAAAACCAGUCUCAAGAUGAAUGUAUCAGUGAGGGCCAUGUGUGUGAUCCACUCUGUUCGUCCAGUGGCUGUUGGGGUCCAGGGUCAGACCAGUGUCUAUCUUGUAAGAACUACAGCAGAGGAGGAACCUGUGUGCCAGCCUGCAACUUCUUGCAAGGGGCAAAGAGGGAGUUUGCCGGAUCAAAUGGAGAAUGUAUGCCGUGUCACUCUGAGUGCGCAGUGCAGGAGAACAAACAGACCUGCAGUGGACAGGGGGCAGAUCAGUGUGAAGUGUGUGCGAGUCUGCAAGAUGGGCCACAUUGUGUUUCCUCAUGCCCACAGGGAGUUAUGGGAGAAAAACGUGUUGUCGUUUAUAAAUUCCAUGACACUCAAAGCAAAUGCCAGCCCUGUCAUGCCAACUGCACCCGCGGGUGCACUGGACCGAGUCUGAGAGACUGUAUGGAAUCCCCCAAGAGAGCAUCGUCUGGGUUGCCAGUGACUGCAAUUGUGUUGGGGGCUAUAGCCUGUGUGCUGGUGGGAUUCUUUGUGUUUGUGAUGGCUGCUCUAUACCGGCGCAGUCUGGCCAUCCGACGCAAGCGUGCCAUGAGGAGAUAUCUUGAGAGUGGAGAGAGUUUUGAGCCUUUGGAUCCGGGGGAGAAAGGGACAAAAGUUCACACUCGUAUUCUGAGACCAUCUGAACUACGAAAGAUCAAACUUCUGGGUACAGGAGUGUUUGGUACAGUCCACAAGGGUGUGUGGAUUCCAGAAGGAGACACAGUUAAGAUUCCUGUGGCCAUAAAGACUAUUCAGGAUCGUACUGGUCGACAGACUUUCCAGGAAGUUACAGAUCACAUGUUGGCAAUGGGCAGUUUGGACCACCCCUACAUUGUGCGGCUCCUAGGCAUCUGUCCAGGUUCCUCUUUGGAGCUGGUCACUCAGUACAUGCCACAGGGGUCCUUACUGGAACAUAUCAGGCAGAGGAAAGACAAUCUCAACCCACAGAGGCUGCUCAACUGGUGUGUGCAGAUCGCAAAGGGAAUGUAUUAUCUUGAAGAGCAGAAGAUCGUCCAUAGGAACCUAGCUGCCCGGAACAUCCUUCUCAAGAGUGACUUUGUGGUGCAAAUUGCCGACUAUGGCAUUGCAGACCUGUUUUAUCCAGACACCAAGAAAUGUUUCUAUGAAAUGAAGGUGAACCAGACACCAAUCAAGUGGAUGGCCCUUGAGAGUAUUUUAUUCCGCAGAUAUACGCAUCAGAGUGAUGUGUGGAGCUAUGGUGUAACUGUCUGGGAGAUGAUGUCAUAUGGGGCAGAGCCUUAUGCUGCAAUGAAACCACAGGAAGUUCCAGAUUUGCUGCAGAAGGGCGAGCGUCUGUCUCAACCCCAGAUCUGCACAAUUGAGGUCUAUAUGGUUAUGGUCAAAUGUUGGAUGAUUGACGAGAAUGUUCGACCAAGUUUCAAAGAGUUAGCCAGUGAGUUCAGCCGAAUGGCUCGAGACCCACCCCGGUACCUUGUCAUCAAAGGAGAGUGCACUGCUCCUGACCCUGCCUCUGAUGAGGCACACCAUCGUGGUACUCAAGUGGACAUUCUUGGUGUGGGGCUGGAGGACCAAGAGGAUGAGGCACUGGAAGACGGCAUGGCCACACCUCCUGUAUACCUCACACCAUCAAGAAGCCUCUCUAGAUUGCGUGUGGAUACUAACAGGGCCAGUCUCACCUUAGCUGGUUACCUGCCAAUGACCCCAAAUGUAGAGGGCUCUAUGCAGACUGUGUGGCCGCCACGCUCACGCCUCAACUCUGCCCGCACUAUUUCUGAGGGUUCUGAAGGACAUGGCACCCUGGUAGAACUAGAGAUGAAUGAAGAUAUACUGUUGUCUAGCAGCCUAAGAGGUGUGCAACGUCGGGAAGACAGUGCAUAUAUAUCUCAGAGAGACAGCGUAUCAGGCCCUCCAGACACACCCAUUCCUGACACGCCGUCUCCAUGUAGUGAGGAGGAGGAAGACCAAAAUGGAUAUGUAUUGCCAGGACUAAGCGACAAUUCAGACAGAGACACGAUGUGUUCUGUGCCUUCCCGUGUGACAUUAUCUAAUGGGAGGUUAUCUAUGGGUCAUUCACAUGAACUUUUAGAGGAGCAUGACAGUGGUGAGGAAGAAUAUGAGUACAUGAACAAUCAAAACCUCCCACUCAGACACACAAAAGGCCGGAGCCAAAACUGCUGUCAGUUAACAAGCCAUAAUUUCAGCAUACAUAAACCUCCAGCUGCCAAUCACAGGUUAUCCUUGGAAGGCACAGAGAGCAGUGGAGGCCUGUCACAGUACUCCUUGGAUGAAAGAAGUCGUAGUAAUGCCGACCUUCCAUCCAGCGAAGCAGAGUAUGCAGAGGCCGACCUGGACCAGGAUCUUCAGUAUGAAUAUAUGGACAUUCAUAGUGGCCCAGGGGUCACAGCACCAAACAAUAAUCCCAAAGUGGACCUCCUAAGACAAGGAAGCCAUAUUUCUUCCAAGAAAUCUAAUGGGAAAGAGGAUUGUGAAGAGGAAGAGUAUCAGUAUACAAACUGCCAACCAAGGUUGAGGCGCUCACUUAUGGUUCACGGCUUGUUGGAGGGAGAAGGAGAGAUGUAUGAAUAUGAAGAAAUGGACUCUCAGGUUGCAGGGGGAAACUCUGGAGCUGAAUACCAGAACCUACAGGAAAAAUCAGAAGAAGAGGAUACCCAGGGACAGCACAGUCAUGGAGUCAGGCCAUACGUUAAAGUGCACACAGGAAUGAGAAAGGGCAAGGAUGGGACAGACCGGUGUUUUGACAAUCCUGACUACUGGCACAGCCGAUUGUUUUCUAAAGCAAAUGCAGUGCGUACCUAAGAUGGGAGAGUGUCAUUAAAAUUAUAAAAGAAUAUCUUAGUAAAAUUAGAAAGAAACACAUUAGUAAAUAUAGAAUAAAGAAAGAAUUAUAAAAUAUACAUUUUGUAUUAUUCUAAAAUGUAGAAUAAAUAAAAAAUAAAAAUGAUCAGCAAUACCUUUGAUAAAAGUAGCAAUCUGUAAAGCACUAGUCAUGUCUUUGAACAAAACAACUUGACAAUUGUCCAUGUAUAGCAGCAUAUGACAAAAGCUCUGAGUUUACUAUCACAUACACUAGAAAGUUUGGGAUCACUUAAAAAUCUUAUUUUUUCCCAAGGAAACACACUCGAAAUUAGUCUGAAUAGAAAAUAUAGCAAAAGAACAAGACAUGCUGACAUGUCAGAGUCAGAAAUUUGAUGGAAAUGAUGAAUGUUUUCAUCAAAGUUUGCCUUCAUCAUAAAAAAAAAAAAGCUAUUAAGCCUGGGCAUUCUAGUUGUCAAUUUUUCAAGGUAAUCUGAUGAGAUUUCACCCCAUGCUUCCUGGAGCAUCUCCCACAAGAUGGAUUGGCUGAUGGAGUCUUCCUCCGUAGCUGAAAUCAAGCUGAAAUAUGCAAGUGAUCCCAAACUUUUCAGCGGUAGUGUAUACCUAUACUUUUUAAUUAGUUUUUUUUUUUUUUUGCUGAAACAUAGCAAAGAACUGCAGUACCAGGUAUUGAACUUUUACAGCAUGUACACUGAUCACUGCAGACAAACAUAAUGAACCUCAGUUGAUAUUAAACAGCCACUGGACCUCAGGAUGCAGAUCUCUUCCAGUGAUGAAUGCUUGUAUUACUUCUGUAUAUUCUGUGAUUUUGUUUAUGAUUCAGUAUGUCUGUUACAGGUGUUUGUUUGUUUUGUUUUGUUUUUUUAAGUCAAAUUCAUCAAGGCCGCUUGCAUUGCAUCACAUGACAAAAUUAACAGUGAGUCAGGGAUGAAUGCUUUUUACUAUACUAAUAUUGUACAUGGUGUAAAUGCAAAAGAACAUCUCAUAUAUAUAUAUAUAUAUAUAUAUAUAUAUAUAUAUAUAUAUAUAUAUAUAUAUAUAUAUAUAUAUAUAUACAUGAUGUACCUACCUAUAUAUUAUAUAGUCAUACCAUUAUGUAGCCAUUUUACUUAACAGUAUCUACAGCAUUGCUUCAAGCACUUAAAGAACCAGGUACAAAGAUGUUUUCCAUGUUUUCCAUGUUUUGAAAUGUUUCAUAUAUGAUUUGCGACAAUAUGGAAGAAAGAAAGAUUUUAGGGUAUGCUAGAAAUGGCCAGUCGUAAAGCUUGACUGUUUUGUAUGUCUCACCAGAACAAAUUCAUUUCUUUGUUUUGUUUCUGUAAUGAUGCUUUUAUAAUACACUAUGUAUUGUUGUGAUGUCAUUUUAUACAUCAAUAAAUCUGUUUUUACCUCAUAUCUGAAAUAAAUGUUAUAUUGCUAUUA